UAAGUGGGGGCUGCUUGCUCUUUAGCCAACCAACUUGAUCAUCUCUCUGCUAUGAGUUGCAGUGAAAAAUAGCUCCUCAACAAGUACGGCCACCUCCGUCGCUUCUUCUUCCUGUCUACACAUCGCUUAUCAGUUUAUUUAACCUGCACAGCCAAAUGGGAUUUAUAGAGUCUGAAGAGAGGAGGUUCACGGAGAUGGAGGAAUUGAAGCGCUUGCUGGUUGCCUGCGCCGGACUCGGCCGUAGAAAAGACCAAGAAGAUUUCCAGGGAUCGCGUUUUCCGUCCGAAGAUUUCGAUGUCGAAGACGAUGGUGCACAGAAGCUCGUUUGCGUUACUAGUGGUGUCUCCUUUCUUGGUCUCGCCAUCGUCAACCGCCUUCUCCGUCGUGGCUACUCCGUCAGAAUCAUCGUCCAUACAGAAGAGGAGAUGGAGAAAGUGAGGGAGGUGGAAGGGACGAACAGCAAUAAUAGUAUAAAAGCAGUAAUGGCGAAGCUAACUCAAAUAGAAAGCUUAUUGGAAGCAUUCGAAGGUUGUCGUGGCGUCUUCCACACCGCUUCCUUUACCGACCCUGCUGGCCUCUCUGGUUACUCUAAAUCCAUGGCUGAAAUAGAAGAGAAGGGCAGUGAAAAUGUAAUCAUGGCAUGCUCAAGAACACCAUCAGUGAGGAAUUGUGUGCUCACAUCUUCACUUCUGGCAUGUGUAUGGAGAGAUGCUUCAUUACAAGAACUCUCCUCUGUAAUUAACCAUGACUCUUGGAGUGAUGAAUCUCUUUGCAUGGACAACAAGCUUUGGUAUGCCUUGGGUAAACUAAGAGCAGAGAGGGCUGCAUGGAGAAUAGCAAAGGAGACUGGUUUAAAAUUGGUCACCAUCUGUCCAGCCCUCAUCACUGGACCUCACUUCAUCCACUCAAAUCCAACGGCUACAAUUGCAUAUCUCAAAGGAGCUGAGGAAAUGUUCAGAGAUGGGGUACUAGCAACAGCUGAUGUAAUGAAACUAGCAGAAGCACAUGCUUGUUUGAUGGAGGCCAUGGAUAAGACAGCGUUUGGCAGGUACAUUUACUUUGAUAAUGUCAUUAAGACACAAGACGAAGCAGAAGAAUUGGCAACAAUGAUCGGAAUGCCUGCAAGCAAGAUAAGUGGAAAUGUAUCCAUGAAAAGUCCAGCUCCAUUUGAGUUAUCAAAUAAAAAGAUUUUAACCCUUAUGUCAACAGCUCUUCACAGUUGUUAUAAGAAAAUUAGAAAUUAGGACACCUGGGAAGUCAAUGUCUUAAUUAUCCAAUGAUGUUUACUAGUGACCCGUUUGUUUGGAGAGAAAAUAGAUCGUGAGCUUCUGACGGUUGUAAAAAAGUUGAACCGGACAGCGGCAUUUAGAUGUAUGUAAGCAAUUUCUAAAGUUUAUUAGUAUGAUAUAUAAGCCUCCUUUAAAAUAAUUAA